AUGUCAGACAUAAAGCCUGAUCCUGCUCCAGCACUUCCUGGUUCAGAACGUCCCGAUUAUCGAGGGAAAUGUCUCUACAAAACAGGCAAAUGCUUAAAUGAACGAGCUCUUAAGACAUCAGGAGUAGCCCACAAUCUCUGUGAUGACCACCGCAAUCGACAAAAUCGACAUCAGCGCAAACUUGACGCUAAAAACCGAUUGCACAAACGAGAACGACGAGUCUCGGUCAAGAAUGUCAAGGGAGCGCGGGUCGCGUCGUCUCAGACUAAGUCGAUUGUCUGGUCAGACGCCGCAGAGUCAAGUGACAAUGCUGUUACUUUUCCAGCUACUUUACCGACAGCAACUGCAGUCGCAACGUCAGAUGAAGUGACAUCGACGUCAGUUUUGACUUCGUCUGGCAAUGGUGUCAUGUUUAUGUCGAACGCGUCACAACCGUUACAGGCGCCCCACCCUAUUGUAUUGCAAGACUUUGAUGGUAUUGUAGUGCCGUUACCGUCAUAUCUUGAAGGGCCUGAACGAAUUGAGUUUCGUUCACGCAUUUACCAAAAAGUGCUUGAUUUUAUCUCGGAGGAAUGCAUCUUACGCUUUGGUGCCAAGGUUGAAAACACCUCAUCUGAUGCUCCUACUGCCACAGAAACGGUAGUUACAACUCCUACAAGUAGCAGCAAACUUGAGGCUGAACCUGAAACAAAAUGA